AUGGUGGAUCGCCCCGUUCAGAUGAGCGUGUUCCCCUCCUGGGACCAACCUCUCCGUGCGGACGAGUACCAGUCCUUAGAAUUCUUCCACCGGCAAACCACGUCUUGCUUCGGUGUCAAAGCAGGGGCGUUCUUGCUUCGCUCGGCGUACCAUGACUCCAGUGUUCGAGUGGCAGCUAUGGCUUUAGGGUCGCUGCAUCGCAUGUUUCUAUUCGAGCAGACUCGGUACCCCGACGUGCGCAUGCAAGGAACCCAGCUAGCUCUGCGUCAGUACAAUACCGCGAUUCGACACGGCUUAGCACAGAUGUCCAAGGGCACGACGAAUGGCUCGGUGGACGUGAUUCUGACCAUGUGCAUUUUGUUCUACUGCUUUGAGAGUCUACAGGGUCAUUUCCGCGUGGCUCUACGACAUGUCACGUCGGGAUUGCGCAUCAUGAAGCAACAAGAAGCCCAAAGUCAGGCGAUGCAAAGGAAGCUCAACCUCCCCGCAGACGUUAUCCGGUCGUUGUUUAUCUACUUGGAAAGUCAAAUGCUCGAGUUGGACGACGAGCUCACCGUGUCCGACCAGCUGCAUCCCUCCGCGCUCAAGCCGUCCGGUUUACCCCUUAUUGACUCUUCUCACGGGGCCUACACUCUGGAAGAGCUUGACGAGAACUUUGGCCUCGUUUACAACCGACUACUACGAUUAAUCAGUAAAUCAACGCCGGCGGCCGAUGCGGACAUUGCUAAAGUCGGGGAACUAACCGAAAUUUCCGAGUCAGACAUUGUUGAGUACGCUGGAGCCCAAAGUGAGAUGCAUGGCUGGUCUGCGGCGCUGAAUAAAUACCUGGAGUACCACCCCCUCGAGGCCAUGGAUUCCACCAGCCGACGACUGGCCACAAAUCUCAAGAUGUGGAACACGCUGGUGAGCGUCGUGUUGCAGAUGGAGCUGCCGUUGGUGGAAACUAGCUGGGACCGAUUCACGCCAGAACUGGCAAUGGUGGUGGACCUGGCCGAAGAGGUCAUGAAUAUGCUCGUAGAGUCGCCAGAGACGCGCAAGAUAUGCCCAUCGCCAACUGCAGAUGCCAGCUUUGCAUCGCUCUCGCCGCCGGAGUCGACACUUUCUCCCUACCAACACAUACUGCAUACGCAGGACCUCCCCCCUCCCUGCACCUUUUCCGUAUCACAGGGCAUACUACCGCCGCUGUGGAUUGUGGCCACAGCUUGUCGCGACUCAAAGACCCGAUACCGCGCCAUCGACUUGAUGAGGCGGAGCCGACGUCGCGAAGGCCUGUGGGACUCGUUUCUGUUCGCCGAGCUAGCCUCCAAAGUUGCUAGGAUCGAAGAACGUUCGGCAAUGGUUCCUGAGGGUGUGACAUACGAACCGGCGGAUUUGCCCGUUCGCGCGCGCAUCACGACUAUCGCCAAUAGCUUUGGCGAUGGCAGACAGGCACAGGUAAGAUAUCUGGGCAGUAAUUCUGAGCUGCUGGAGGAGACGCUGACGGUGUGA